CGCCGCCGCGGCGCGAUGGGAGCGUCGGUGUUUUUCGGCUGCUCCUUCAUCGCCUUCGGGCCGGCGCUGGCGCUCUGCCUGCUGACUAUUGCCGGGGACCCCCUGCGCGUCAUCAUCCUCGUGGCAGGGGCCUUCUUUUGGUUGGUCUCCCUCCUCUUGGCUUCCUUGGUCUGGUUUAUUUCAGUGCAUCUGAGCAACCAGGAAGACAAGUGGCUGCAACACGUCCUGCUGAUGUUCGGUGCGGCAGUGUCUGUCCUGCUGCAGGAAGGCUUCCGCUUUGCUCACUUCAAGCUCCUCAAGAAAGCCGAUGAAGGGCUAGUGACCAUAAGUGAAGAUGGGCGCUCACCCAUUUCGAUCAAACAAAUGGCGUACGUGUCAGGCCUCUCCUUUGGAAUCAUCAGUGGCGUCUUCUCUGUCAUUAACAUCCUCGCGGACUCUGUUGGUCCUGGCACAGUUGGCAUCUACGGGGAUUCGCCCUAUUACUUCAUCACAUCAGCCUUUCUGACAAUGGCCCUGGUUUUCUUGCACACAUUCUGGGGGAUCAUUUUCUUUGACGCCUGUGAGAAGAGACGCUACUGGAAGCUGGCCCUGGUAGUUGUUAGCCACCUGGCGAUAUCUGGGCUGACGUUUCUGAAUCCAUGCUACGAAGCGAGCCUCGUUCCCAUCUUCCUGGCCACCGUCUCCACAGGGGUGUGGGCCUUUUUCACAGCUGGUGGUUCCCUGCGCAACAUCCUUGCCUGCCUCUCCUGCAGGGAGAAAGAGGACAGCCACGUUAUGGUGUAUUCUGAGCUGCAGCUCCCCGUGGAGGACUGAGCCCCCUGCCUGUGCGACCCCGGAGCCAGAUGCGCACCCGAGGGCAAUCCUCCGCACCACUGGACGCGGCUCUUCGUCUGGGACAAGGGGCUCCAGAGCCGAUCAGAUGGCCAGAGCCCUGGCCUGGCACAAGGGAGGCAGGAGGAGGGAUUCCUUGGCCCAAACGGUGGCCUGGAGCACAGGAAAGCUAACUCUGUGCCUUGGCUUGUGGCUGGGAACCCUCUCCUUCCUUCUUUCCUCCAACUCUUAGUUUUUUCUCCUUUGCUUCUGUUUCUGUUCUGGAAGGUGGAAACACGGGUUCUCUUUGAGAGCCAAGCAAGGGCAGAGCUUGAAAGCCCCAGUCCCUUCUAACGAAUGGUUCCCAGAGCUGCUGGGAGGCUUUGCUGCCCCUUGCUCCCUGGUAGAUUCUGCUGGGUUCAUGACAUCGCUGGACGUUAUUCUAGGAUGUGGCCUGCAGCCAGGCUCCCAAUCUGCAACAGAAUCCCUUCGUUCUCGCUCUAGGCCUGUUGACCUUUUUCAACUUGUUCAUCGUUGGCAUUGGACCUGGUGGGGCGUAACAGCACCUUCUAAUGGUUAGGAAGUGCCGCAGUGUCUGUAUGAACAUACAAGUGAAUUCUUUUGCUAUGACCCAAUUUUUUUUUAUAAAGCCCCAGUCCUCCUCUGUUCCUUUAAUACUGAGCCCUAAAUCCUUUUAUGAGUUGCCCCAUGGUGCAGGUAAUAAAAAGGACUUCUCUUGU